AUGUCCUCCCCUGGCCAUGGCCGGCGGCACAGAAAUGUGGGUGCCAGGGCUGUGGCUAAGCCUCAGGGGGGACCUGGGCUCACCUGGUUAACCCUGGGAGUCGAGGACAAGCUCACAGCUCGGGCAGAGGCUGUGGUCAACACAGGCCUGAACUUGAAUUCCGAUUCUGUGGUUCUGGAGACUCGCUCUUAUCUCUACGGCAGAAUCAAACUUAACAAGACACAUCACAUAAUAGUUGGAGAGACCGCGGUGUUUUGCCUACAACUAGCCACAAGGGAUUUUGAAAACCAGGAGAAAACGAUUUUAACCGGAGACUGUUGCUACAUAAACCCACUGGUGCGGAGGACUGUGCGAUUUCUCGGCAUCUACACGUUCGGCCUGUUCGCCACGGAUAUCUUCGUGAACGCCGGGCAGGUGGUGACGGGGAACCUGGCGCCCCACUUCCUGGCCCUGUGCCGGCCCAACUACACGGCGCUGGGCUGCCAGCAGCUCACGCAGUUCAUCAGCGGCGAGGAGGCCUGCACGGGCGACCCCGAGCUCGUCCUCCGGGCCCGGAAGACCUUCCCGUCCAAGGAGGCGGUGCUCAGCGGCUACACGGCCGUGUACCUGACGAUGUACAUCACCAGCACCGUCAAAGCCAAGGGCACGCGCCUCGCGAAGCCCGUCCUGUGCCUGGGCCUCCUGUGCUCCGCCUUCCUCACCGGCCUCAACAGAGUCGCCGAGCACCGGAACCACUGGUCGGACGUGAUCGCGGGCUUCCUGGUGGGGACGUCGAUCGCCGUGUUCCUGGUCGUGUGCGUGGUGAGUAACUUCAGGGGAAGACAGCCCGAGAGCGAGCACGCCCGCGCGGCGGACCUGGCGCACGCGCCGAUGAUCAGCAUCCCGCGGGUGGAGAGUCCGCUGGAAAAGAACCACAUCACCGCCUUCGCGGAAGUCACAUGAUACGGAAGCCGCCGGGGUUUCCCUGCACUGGACGUCGUCCCUUUUCACCGUCCAUUCCUAACACCCAAAGUUUGUCCGACCGCGAAAGGAGUUUCUCAAGUUGUCUAAUGAUUUCUAUAAGUUUCACGUCCGUGUCAGCGUGUCCGUUUCCCCCACUAGACUGUGAGCUCCUCAAAGGCAGGGCCGUGUCUCUCUUCUCCGGGUCCCCGGCGGCACCUACGACACAGCCUCGCACAGAGUAGGUGUUCAGUUAACGCGGGAGGCCCGGGCGAGCCCCUUCAUUCUGAAAGAAAACACCCACCUGAGUUCUCACAGAAUCCCGGGGACUAAGGGAAAAGAAACCGCUACAGACACGAGUCAGAUCUGUCUGAGCAAUCCCUCCGUUCGGGGCUAGUCACGCUUUUUAACUUUUCACGUUAAAAAGCCGAAGAGGAGGUCCCCCCUCCGCAGUUCGCCAUCUUUCCUGUGAAGUGAACUUCGAACGUCAUGGGGGUCUUUAUUUUCUUCGUCCGCAUGACGUGAUCGCCGCCCUAGCAGAGCUCAGUGUGCGACACGGCUUUACUUCUAGAAGGUCUUGUUCUCUACGAAAAUCCUGUUUGCACACAGUAUUACGCUCUAUUUCCCUGAAAAUACCACUCAUUCUGUACCUUCUAAGACUGGUGCUUCUGCUUUUGAAGGGGGAAAUGCCAAUUUGUACUGUAAUAAGUAAUGUAUCAUAAUUAAAAGCUAUUUAUUUGGACUCUG